GAAAAAGAAAAAAAAUUAAAACCGAACUUAAUACAAGUUCUUUCCAAAAAAAAAAAAAAAAAGGAAAAGGCGAAGAAAAUAAUUAAAAAUAUUUGAAUUUCCUCGAUUUCUCAUGUUGGAAAGCUUUGGAGUUUGGCUUUGCUUCGAUUCUCUCUCUCUUGAGGUUUCACUUCUCGUUGUAGAUCAACUUAGGGUUUUGCUCUGCUCGACCCGAUCGAUCCGUCUUGCGUAGCUUCUGUGCGUUACAGUAUUUGAAUGCUAGCUUUGGCCCUGAAUUCCGAUCAAGACUCGGGAUUUCACGGUUACUACCACUGGGAUUGACAGUAGGUGCUUUGGAGGAAUCUAUGAUUAAACACUCUCUUAAUGAAACAGGGUGGAGUAAUUGCAUUGAGUAGCAUAGUUUCAACACAUCAUUCAAACUUUUUUGGUGCAAUCAGUGUUUUGGUAGGACAGUGACUCUGGUUUGGCAGUGGAUUUAAGGUUGGUUACAUAUGAUAGUACUUUAUUGGAGGAAAUAUAAGUAGGCUGCUAUAGAGAGUCAGUUGGCUCAUUGUUUCAUGGAUUUGGCAGUUUUCCACUAAUAUCUGUGCAUGCAGAAUAGGUAAAAGUUAUAUUCUGAGGAAUGGAUGAAUACAAAGAUAUGGAGAUGUUACUUCCCAUUUGGAACAAUAAGAAUCCAACAGAUCGGCUUUUCAUUAUAUCUUGUUUUAUUGCUGUCCUAGUUGGAAUUUUGACUAUAGCCUAUAGUGCCUUUCAAUGGAGGAGAGACAUCAAUAUAAGUUGGAUGAAAGCCAUAGCCAGGUCAAAGAAAAAUCCAAGGACAAGGCAUAAAGUUCCUGUAACUGCUCAUACUUGGAUUCUAGAAUCAGUAUCUCGUGGAAAAAAUUUAAAUUGUUGUGUGUGCUUGAAGCCCAUGUCCCCUUCCCAAACUCUUGGGCCUAUGGUGGCUUCAGACAGUUUUAUUCACCGAUGCAACAUUUGUGGUGCGGCAUCACAUCUAAGCUGCUCUUCUAGCGCACAUAAGGAUUGCAAAUGUGUAUCUAUGAUUGGAAAUGAACCUGUGAUGCAUCAAUGGGCUGUUCGAUGGACAGAGAUCACAGAUCAACCUGAUGGUACUUCUUUCUGUAGCUAUUGUGAGGAACCAUGUAGUGGGUCUUUCCUUGGUGGAUCCCCUAUAUGGUGUUGCUUGUGGUGUCAACGACUAGUACACGUUGAUUGCCACAGUAGUUUGUCCAAUGAAAUAGGUGAUGUUUGUGAUUUAGGCCCAUUCAGAAGAUUGAUUCUAUCACCACUCCAUGUAAAGAAGUUAAACCGGACAUCCGCAGGUGGAUUUUUGAGCUCACUUACUCAUGGAGCCAAUGAGAUAGCAUCUUCAAUGCGUGCAACCAUCCGGAAUAAGAGCAAGAAGUACAAGCAUGGAAAUGAAUCUUCUGUUGACACCGGAAAUAGUGGUAGUACUGUGGACUCAUCCACAGAAAGCACUGCUGAUACUCAUCAAACAGUUGAUGGUUCUCAUGGAAUAGAGGAAAACUGUAAUGGUAGCAUGAAUCUGGAGUAUCAACACCAAAAUGGUAAUGUAGAUGACAAACUGGAUUCAAAGCCCAGUGUCAAAAGUUCUUCAAUCAAUCAAAAGGAUGAGUCUCAGAUAUUAAGAAUGAAACAGAGAUAUGAGUUGAUUGAUUUGCCUCCAGAUGCAAGGCCCUUGCUAGUUUUCAUCAACAAGAAGAGUGGGGCUCAGCAUGGGGAUUCACUUAGGCUACGUUUAAAUAUACUUUUGAAUCCCGUUCAGGUUUUUGAGUUGAGCUCAACAGAGGGUCCUGAGGUGGGUCUUUAUUUAUUCAGAAAGGUGCCUCAUUUCAGAAUCCUUGUAUGUGGGGGAGAUGGUACUGUUGGUUGGGUUUUGAAUGCCAUAGACAAGCAAAAUUUUGUUUCUCCUCCUCCAGUUGCUAUUCUUCCUGCUGGGACUGGAAAUGAUCUGGCCAGGGUCCUUUCCUGGGGAGGUGGUUUGGGAUCUGUGGAGAGACAUGGGGGCCUUUGCACAGUGUUACACCACAUAGAGCAUUCUGCGGUAACCAUUCUUGACCGGUGGAAGGUAGCAAUUUUAAAUCAACGAGGAAAGCAGCCCCAACCACCAAAAUUCAUGAAUAACUAUCUUGGAGUUGGGUGUGAUGCAAAGGUUGCUCUGGAUAUUCAUAAUCUGCGGGAGGAGAAUCCAGAGAAGUUCUAUAACCAGCUUUUGAGCAGUAAUUUUGCUGUUAAAGAUCUCGGUCCAUUACACUAUGUCCUUGGCAUUGAAGUUAUACCAGUGAAGGAUGGUCUCUUACUCUCUCAGCAGCGCUACAUUCGAGAUUUACUUUCCAAAACCAACAUGACCGAAGCAAAACCAAUCUCAUCUCCCAUGGCAUCCUCUUCGACAUUAUUUGUUUACACAGGUGAUCCUAUGGAAGACCCCACAUUAUAUCGAAGUGUUGUUGGUUCACUUCAGUACUUAUCUCUUACACGCCCAGACUUGGCGUUUGCCGCAAGUCAUGUAUGCCAGUUUAUGCAUCGUCCAACCAAGCUCCAUUGGCAAGCUGUCAAGCGUAUUCUUCGGUAUCUCAAGCAUACCAUCUCUCAUGGUUUACUUUUGCACAAGACUUCAUCCAAUUCUCUACAAGCAUACUCGGAUGUUGACUGGGCCGGGUGGUCUGAUGAUCGACGUUCCACCGGUGCCUAUUGUGUGUAUCUUGGUUUUAACUUAAUUUCUUGGAGCUCUCGUAAGCAGCCUACUGUCUCAAGAUCUUCAACAGAGGCUGAGUAUAAGUCUGUUGCUAACACGGUUGCAAAGUUGCUUUGGAUUCGGUCUCUUCUUAAUGAACUUUGUCUUACAUUGUCUGGUCCACCGAAGAUAUAGUGUGACUAGGGGUGUAAACGAGCCGAUCCUGAGCGGGAAUUGCCUGUCCGGGAUCGGCUCGUUUAAGUAACAGUAAAGCUCGAGCUCGAGACGAGCUGGAAAAUCUUGUGCGAGACCAGCUCGCGUAGGGAAAUAUAUUGUCCGAGCUCGAGCUCGAUCCUUUUGGUUGAUCCCGAGCUCGAUUACUCGACUCGAGCUCGGCCCGAACUUAGAAGGCUAGAACCAACCAACAAAUGAACAAAUUCCAUACACAAUCCAUAAAAGCAAAGGACGAGAAAAUAGAAUGCAAGCCUGAUGGAACGGAUCUGAAGCCAAUAUCGUAAACAGCUGUCACCCAAACGGUACAAGUCCACCGCCCAAAGGUCGGGAACUGCGUGUGAUGGCUUCCCCGACGUGCUCUCUAGCCAGAGACUAUCGCAAUGGCUAGUGACUCACCCAGCACUGCCCCUUCAGCACCCAAUGCCGAAACAUCCCAAAGGCUAAAGACGGCGGCCUACGGAACGACUGAGAACAACACUUUUGCCUGAUGUUUUGGGAAGGACGAGUAAAAAAAAAUGAAGAAGAAGAAAAGGCUUUGCGUGAGCCUGAUAAAAGAAAAUGAAGAAGAAGAUCUGAAGAAGUGAGUGAAGGAAAUGUUUUUAUUUGUUUUUUGGUAAGGGAGAA